AUGAAGAGUGCUGUUGUAGUGUUAUAUAAUGUACUAUGCAUUUCUUUUAUCUGUUGUGCUGUCUCCCUGAUAACAACAUUGGUCUGUUUUCAGGCAGAGCCCCCUGCAAUAAUUGUAGCAACUGUUGCAAGCUUGUGCCAGAUGGUUGAGAAGCGUGCUUUCAGUCUUGGGUCGAUCAAAAUACUAGUUAUCGAUGAGGUUGAUUUCAUUUUUGGAUCAUCAAAGCAAGUGAACUCCCUUCGCAAGAUACUGAAUUCUUACACAGCAGCUUCCAGCCGUCAGACCAUAUUCGCUAGCGCAUCCAUACCUCAGCACAAUCGCUUUGUGCAUGACUGCGUACAACAUAAAUGGACUAAGAGCGAUGUGGUUCAUGUUCAUGUCAACCCUGUCCAGCCCAUGCCUUCACACCUACAUCACACAUAUGUGAUCUGCAGCAAGAAGGAACGGUUGCAUGUUUUGCUAUCCUUGCUUGAGAGGGAUGCACCAAAGUCGGUGAUUAUAUUUGUCGCUCAACAGUCUGAGAAAUCAAAAAGGGCUGGAAAUCCUCCGUCGUCUACACUUGUUGUCGAGUUCCUGAGAACCAAGUAUAAAGGCACCCUGGAGGUGCUUGUACUAGAAGAAGAUAUGAAUUUCAACGCUCGGGCUACCUCUUUUACUGAAGUCAAGGGAAAAGGUUUCCUGCUAGUUUCGACGGACAUAGCGAGCAGAGGGUUUGACCUUCCGCAGACCAGCCACAUAUACAACUUCGACCUUCCUAAGACGGCGACCGACUACCUCCACCGUGCCGGAAGAACCGGGAGAGAACCAUUCUCCAAGUCAGAGUGCAGCGUGACAACCCUCAUAACAGAGGAGGAGCACUUCGUGCUACAGAGGUUCCAGAACGAGCUCAAGUUCCACUCCCAACAGCUGCCCUUGGAGUGCAUGUUUACUUUCAACUUGUAA